GGUACAUCUCUUCGCAAUCUUAUCUUAAAUUUUACAUUAGUAUCGUAUGUGAACGAAAAUCAAAAAUGAAUCCUCAUGUAGGGGUAAAAUUUUUUUAAAAAGAUGAUCUGGCUAAAUGAUUACAUCUUAUCGUAGACACUAAUAAGUAAUGGACGACGACAUUUGUAAAUAAAGCUUUAUAACCUAUAAAUUUUGUAAUAAAAAUGUUUCUUUAUUACAAUGGGUUAUCCUUACAUAGCGGAAAAUCUAUUUCUAAUGAUUCUGUUAAGUUUAACAGCAGUUGCAGGUGAUUAUAUGGUAAUUCAUUUAAACUCCAAGGGCUACCAAGCAAUUUCAGAUAAUGUUACUCAUGCUGUUAUCGGAGGCUUAUCUUGGUUUAUUGUAUGUUUUAAUUGCAAACGGUACACUCACAGAACUCUUUUAGAAAUAUUUUCAUGUACCUUUUUUGCUUCUAUAAUUGAUAUUGAUCAUUUUGUUGCUGCUAGAUCUUUGAGGUUAAAGGAUGCAACAAAUUUGUAUAGUAGACCAAUUCUUCAUUGUUCGACUGUGCCAUUGGUUUUAAUUGUAACCUUAACUGUAUUAGCAUUUUUGACUCAAUCGAAAUGUAUUAUGGUAUGCUCCUUAAUAAUGUUGACCGCAUUUGGUAGUCACCACACAAGGGAUGCUACAAGACGAGGGUAUUGGUUUUAUCCUUAUGGUUCAACACCUCCAAUACCUUAUAGAUAUUAUAUUUUAAUUACUAUUGCUAUUCCAUUUUGUAUAUCUCACUUUUUGAACUUCUACUUACAAUUAGAAAUGUAUACAAGAAGAGAACACAUCACUGUUUAAUAUUAUUUGUUAUUAUACUGACGCUGUUGAUUCAAUAAAAGAAUUUAUUUCA